GGCUCAGCAGGCCCCGCGCGGCCUCGGGUGCCCAUGGAGGGCGGGGGGCCGGGCCGGUGACGCCGGACGCCCAUGGACGCCCCUGAGGAGCCACAGCCGCCGGUGGUCUACACCAUGGAGAACAAGCCCAUCGUAACCUGUGCUGGAGAUCAGAACUUAUUUACCUCUAUUUAUCCGACACUUUCCCAGCAGCUUCCAAGAGAACCGAUGGAAUGGAGAAGGUCAUAUGGCCGGGCUCCAAAGAUGAUUCACCUGGAAUCCAACUUUGUUCAGUUCAAGGAGGAGCUGCUGCCCAAAGAAGGAAACAAAGCCCUGCUCACCUUCCCCUUCCUUCACAUCUACUGGACGGAGUGCUGCGAUACUGAAGUGUACAAAGCUACGGUGAAAGAUGACCUCACCAAGUGGCAGAAUGUUCUGAAAGCUCAUAGCUCUGUGGACUGGUUAAUAGUGGUAGUUGAAAAUGAUGCCAAGAAAAAAAACAAAACCAACAUUCUUCCCCGAACUUCUAUUGUGGACAAAAUAAGGAAUGACUUCUGUAAUAAACAGAGUGACCGGUGUGUUGUCCUCUCUGACCCCUUGAAGGACUCUUCUCGAACUCAGGAAUCCUGGAAUGCCUUCCUGACCAAACUCAGGACUCUGCUGCUUAUGUCUUUUACCAAAAACCUUGGCAAGUUUGAGGACGACAUGCGGACCUUGAGGGAAAAGAGGACAGAGCCAGGCUGGAGCUUCUGUGAAUACUUCAUGGUUCAGGAGGAGCUUGCCUUUGUCUUUGAGAUGCUGCAGCAGUUUGAAGACGCCCUGGUACAGUACGACGAGCUGGAUGCCCUGUUCUCUCAGUAUGUGGUCAACUUUGGAGCUGGCGAUGGUGCCAACUGGCUGACUUUUUUCUGCCAGCCGGUGAAGAGCUGGAAUGGACUGGUGCUCCGCAAGCCCAUAGACAUGGAGAAGCGGGAGUUGAUACAGAAGCAAGAGGCCACUCUGCUGGACCUGCGAAGCUACCUGUUCUCCCGCCAGUGUACCUUGCUCCUCUUCCUGCAGCGGCCAUGGGAGGUGGCUCAGCGUGCGCUGGAGCUGCUGCACAGCUGUGUGCAGGAGCUGAAGCUCCUGGAAGUCUCUGUCCCUCCUGGUGCUCUGGAUUGCUGGGUAUUUCUGAGCUGUCUGGAGGUGUUGCAGAGGAUAGAAGGCUGCUGUGAUCGGGCACAGAUAGAUUCCAACAUUGCCCACAUGGUGGGACUGUGGAGCUAUGCCAUGGAAAAGCUGAAGUCCUUAGGGUACCUAUGUGGACUUGUGUCAGAAAAAGGACCCAACUCAGAAGAUCUCAACAGGACGGUUGAUCUUUUGGCGGGAUUAGGAGCUGAGAGACCUGAAACAGCCAACACAGCUCAGAGUCCUUAUAAGAAACUCCAGGAAGCGCUGUCAUCAGUAGAGGCCUUUGAAAAGCACUACUUGGACUUGUCCCAUGCCACCAUUGAGAUGUAUACGAGUAUUGGGAGGAUUCGAUCUGCCAAGCUUGUUGGAAAAGAUCUGGCAGAAUUUUACAUGAAGAAAAGGUCGCCACAGAAGGCGGAAAUGUAUCUUCAGGGAGCUUUGAAAAAUUACCUGGCUGAGGGCUGGGCCCUGCCUGUCACACACACAAGGAAACAGCUAGCUGAGUGCCAAAAACACCUCGGGCAAAUGGAAAACUACUUGCAGACCAGCAGCCUUCUGGCCAGUGACCAUCACCUGACGGAGGAGGAGCGGAAGUACUUCUGCCAAGAGAUCCUCAGCUUUGCCAGCCAGCAAGAAGACAACCCAGGUCACAAGGUGGUGUUACCCAUGCACUCCUUCGCACGACUAAAGGAUCUCCAUUUUGACCCUCCCAACGCUGUGGUCCAUGCGGGUGGCAUCCUGACUGUGGAGAUAACAGUAUGCAGCCAGAUGCCUGUCCCUGUCCAUGUGGACCAGAUUGCUGUCAACGUCCACUUCAGCAUUGAGAAAAAUAACUACCGGAAGACAGCUGAGUGGCUGACCAAGCACAAGACUUCCAAUGGAAUCAUCACCUUCCCUGCCGAGGCCUCUCUGUCCCCUGCAUCUCAGAACAACCUGCCUGCCCUGGAGUUGUCGGAGAUGUUGGAGAGAAGCCCCUCGGACAGCUCCCUGAACACCACCGGCAUUAUCUGUAGGAAUGUCCACAUGCUCCUAAGGAGGCAGGAGAGCACCUCCUCUCUAGAGGCGCCCUCAGGGUUGGCCCUGGAGGAUGGGGCCCAUGUGCUGAGGUGCGACAAUGUGACUCUGCAGCCAGGAGCCAACAAGAUAGUGUUCAGGACCCAGGCCAAAGAACCUGGAACAUACACGCUGCGGCAGCUACGGGCCUCGGUGGGCCCUGUGUGGUUUGUCCUUGCACACAUCCACCCCAUUGUACAGUAUGAUGUGUACUCUCAGGAGCCUCAGCUGCAUGUGGAACCGCUGGCUGAUAGCCUUUUGGCUGGCAUUCCUCAGAAAGUCAAGUUUACUGUCACUACUGGCCAUUACACAGUAAAAAACGGAGACAGCCUCCAGCUCAGCAACGUUGAAGCCAUGCUCAUCUUGUGUCAGGCGGAGAACAGAGCUGUGGUCUACUCUAACUCAAGAGAGGAAUGCUCCACUGCCUUGCUCCGGAUCCAGUCCUCUGACAAGGUCACAAGCAUCGGUCUUCCCACUGCACCUGCAUACCAUGUGAUUGAGUUUGAGCUAGAGGUUCUGUCUUUACCUUCAGCUCCAGUAGCUGAGGGGGAGACGAGUGUUCUGGGGACACCAGAGCCCCAUAGGAAACAGAAAGACACGCAGAGAGCUGGCCAUUGCAUGAUUACCACAGAUCACAAGGUGUCCAUCGAUUGCCCGUGGUCUAUCUACUCCACUGUCAUUGCACUGACAUUCAGUGUGCCCUUCAGGACCACACACUCUCUGCUCUCUGCUGGAACCCGGAAAUAUGUGCAAGUCUGUGUCCAGAACCUGUCAGAACUGGACUUUGAGCUGUCAGAUAAUAAUCUGGAAGACAUGAGCCAUGCUACUGACCUGAGGCUGGUGCCCCUGAACACACAGUCCCAGCAGCUUAUCCACAGCAAGCAGUCUGUGUUCUUUGUCUGGGAGCUGAUGUGGACGCAGGAGCCUCCCCCUCCUCUGCACUGCCAGUUCUCUGUGGGAUUUUCCCCAGCUUCUGAAGAGCGGCUGACUGUCUCCUUGAAGCCCUACACUUACGAAUUUCACAUGGAGAACUUUUUUACUCUGUACAGUGUGAGGGCGGAGAUCCUUCCUGCUUCCGGAGCUGAGUACUGUAGGACAGGCUCGCUCUGCUCCUUGGAGGUGUCUAUCACGAGACUUGCCGACCUCCUGGAUGUGGACAAGGAUGAAGCACUCGUGGAAUCUGAGGAAUAUUUUUCCACAAAGCUUAUGUAUGAAGUUGUGGACAACAGCAGCAACUGGGCUGUAUGUGGGAAGAGCUGUGGUGUCAUCUCCAUGCCUGUAGCUGCCCAGGCCACUCACAGAGUCCACAUGGAAGUGAUGCCUCUGUUUGCUGGUUACCUCCCCUUGCCUGAUGUCCGACUGUUUAAGUACCUCCCCCAUCACUCUGCUCAUGCCUCUCAAUUGGAUGCUGACAGCUGGAUAGAAAACGACAGCCUGUCCGUGGACAAGCACCUGGACGACCAGCUGGACUGCAGCAGCGUGCGGAGCAGAGGCAGCACACACUCAGCCUCCAGCAGCGAACACAAAGGCUUGCCCAUGCCCCGGCUCCAGGCACUGCCCACAGGCCAGGUCUUCAACUCCAGCACUGGCAUGCAGAUCCUGGUCAUUCCCAGUCAAGACGACCAUGUCCUGGAAGUCAGUGUUACCUGACCCAGCCAUGGGCCAGUGGAGCCACAGAGUGGCCAUGAGUGCACUUUAGGGAUUGUGGCUGGAUUGUGGUCUGUGGUAACACACUAGCUCUAACCAGACUCUGGCAGUCCUGCCUAGCUACAGACACAGCAGAGAACAGUGUCCUUCAGCUGCUCGGCGGAGUAGAGCGUCACCUCAUGUUGUCUAUGACACAGAAUUUGUUUUCUUUUUUUCAUCCCUGACCCUGUCCCCGUGCUGGUUUCCCUAACUCAUCAUACCCUCCCCACGAGACUGGUCUCCUCCCACAGCCUUUCUCCUGGUG